AUGAAGCGCAACCUUGAAGAGGCCUACGAACAGCAUCUCGAGUACCUCCUUAAAGGGUCCAAAACCAGGUUCGUGCAGCCCUGGGAUAGGUCCCAGAUUCUCAAUCCACCAAGCAUUCUGCCAGGCCUCCCUCCCUACCAACGGUGGGGCGUCGGGCUCCCGAGUGCAGCCUUGGGGUCCUCUGCUCCCCUCCCCACAACACCUCCUGUGCCGGCCCCUGCGCCCAGUAUUCCGUUUGCAAAGUCCAAAGGGACCCCUUGGCAUGCUAAGCAGACAGAAAGCAGAUCCGCUGCCAUUGCCAAAUGGAGUGGCAUAAUGCUGUCACACGGCGAGCACUUCGGGGUCGUGGAGAAGGUUGCGGUGGAUGCUUCCGGUGGUGAACCUCAGCAGUUGUCUUCGGUUCUACUUGACAUUUUUGCUUUGAAGGCGAGCGCCACCCUGCAUGGCCGAGCGGGGCCAAUCCUCAGGUACUUGAAGUUCUGUAAAAAGGAAGGCCAGCCGCCUUUCCCAUUCAGGGAAGACCUCUUGUACCGCUUCGUCAAGGAGUACUGCGCCAGGCAAGUCUCGCACGUCAAGGCCUUGGAAAAGAUCGUCACCGGCUGGGGUGACUUCAGUGGGUCAGACAGAUAUGCUGCCGGAUGUUUCCUGUACGCCACCUAUGCUCGUGCGCGGUUCUCCGACAUGCAAAAUAGUGGCGCUAUCACCAAGGAUGUUACCAAUCUGCCCGAUGGUGGAGUCAGGGGCUUCCUUGAAGCUUCUGUGUGUCGAACGAAGACGGCUUACACCCUUGAGCGGAAGACGCGCUACCUUUCCAUGUGCGCCCCGGUUCAGGGCCUUCUCGAUGAGUCGUGGGCGAUUGCGUGGAUGGACAUCGCCGAGCUUUACGGCCCUGGCUGGUCUGAGGACUCGCCCCUCUUGCCCGCCCCUAUGGCCGGGGAGGACGUUGCUACAGUCAAGCUUCUUGGCACGCAUUCCAUGAAGGCCACCGGCCUCAGCUGGGCUGCAAAAUGGGGGGCCAGCAAGGAAAUUCGAUUGAUUCUGGGAUACCUCAGUGCCUCUCGGGCGGACAGCGACGUCGUGUACGGCAGAGACAACGUCGCCCCGGCAUUAAGGCAGUUCGAUCAGAUUCUGGAGGACAUCGCCUUCGACAAGUUCAGACCCGACUGCACAAGGUCAGGGAUGUUCACACCGGAGCGCCCGGCUGCACCAGAGGCCCUCCCGGACGACGUUUUGGAGUCAACAGAAGGCAGUGAAGACGAGGAGCAUCCAGACUUGGAGGAAGAGGAGCAGGCCGUCGACGAGCUUGUUGGUCCGUGGCAGCCCGAGCCCGGCUUGAGGGAACGGCUGGAUGAGGCAGAGGUGUUUCGUCAUCGAGUCAGUCGCUUCAUCCAUGUUGUUUCGUCGGAGGAGGGCACUAUGGACCAGUGUGAUGGAUCGCAGACUUGGGGCGCCUUUUGGGUGAUGCCAGGGCUUGCGAACCACCCCUGGCAGGAGGAGAGGGCCUGGCGCAAAGGCGAUGCCGAGCCAAACGUGUUCUUUUUGCCGAGUGCAGCUAGGAGGAUGGCUGCCUCUUACUCGGACAGUCAGAGUGUUUUCAAUGCGAGGGUAGAUGCCAGCGGACUCACAAAGGAGGAUGCCACAAAAAUCAAAGCCGCGGUGUCUUCACUGAGACAGUUGGCGUUCAUCUCCAGCUUCACCCCAGGUCAAGCCGAUGAAUCCCCGUUGAUGGCCGCACUGAAGCUCAUGCUUGGGAGGGAUGCGGAACUUGGUGUCCAGGCCAGCUUCCGAGCCCUGUACCACGAGUCCUACGCCGUUGUCACUUCUGAGCUGCGCCAAAAGAUCGAGAAGUCCGAAGAGCCAGCAAGCAGGCGCCUGACACAACCCGAGCGAGCCGAGAGGUUCGAGAAGCAGAAAAAGAAGCUCGUUGGAGUCUCCAUCAAGGGCUUGAGCGAACCUAGCGAGGCCUUGGUAGACAGGGCCGUGGCUUGCUAUGAAAACAACGAGCUUCGCUAUCUGUCUUGGGAGAUAUGUACUUCAAGAGAGCAAGAAGUGGGCUCAGACCGACGCCGUGACACCCGCUUCACCGUCGACGAGCACACUGGGCGUCUGAAGGUUGAAAACAAGGAUGCGGAACAGAAAGCGGUCACAUCUUCCGAGGUUCAUGUCAUGCAGGCGUUGCAGCGCCGCUCCCUUGCCAUGGACCAAGCCAACCUUGUCGAGUACGCGACCAUGCAACAGUGGAGUGAUCGUUUGAUGCGUGCACGCAUGCAGGAAGCCCCGGCUGGGUAUGUUCGGCCAACCUGGGCUCAACUCGUAGCUGCAGACAAGAAGCUCUUCAGCGAGUUGCGAGACCUGACCCGUGACGGAGUGCAAUCCUCUGGUGGAGCCAGGCCCUUGGACACGCACCUCCAAACUGUCAUGAAUUCUUUCGAUGUCGUGUGCUUGAUGCAGCCGCUUCCUUCUGCUUCUUCUCGAUCCCUUGAUGAAGGGAAGGAGUUGGAGCGACCCGAGCGCCCCGGUCCCUACGGCCCCCGCAAGCCUCGCAAUCCCAAGGGCCAGGGCAAGGGCAAAGGAAAGACCAAAGCUCCCGGGAUGCCAGCGCAAAUGGUGGCGUGGGGGCCGUGGGGGUGCGUGUCUGCCACGAAGAAAGGAAAUCCGUACUGCUACGGAUUCCAGCUCGGCACUUGUGCCAAUGAGGUCAAGAACAAUGCGUGCCAGAGGGGCCUCCACGCAUGCGCCAUCCCGAAGUGUGGGCAGCAUGGCCACGGCGCUUCUGCUUGCCCGAAGCGGAGCAAGGCUCAGUCGGAGAUGCCGUUGAGCAACCUUGCAGCAAUCUCAAGCUUUCUUCUAGAUCGGAUGCAGUUUGGCAACCGACCCCCGGUGCAGCGAAUGCCGAAGUGCAAUCACUGCCGCGUGACAGUCCGAAGCUUUCUGGUGGAUCGGAUGCUAGCCGGCAACCGCCCCCUUGUAGGCUUGCGAUCUUCGGUCGCCCAAUUCCCCGAGGCUGUUAAGGUGUUCACCCGGCUGAUUGCGGAAGUGUCCCCCACUCACCAGUUCAGCAGCUUUGUUAUCCUUGAGGGAUCCGAGAUGGGAAUUCACCGCGACGCCCAAAAUGCUUGUCUGCCCAACCUUGUAAUCCCCUUGACCCGCUUUGAAGGAGGCGAGCUCGCGGUCGCGGACCCCGAGGGACAUGUGGUCUCUCAUGGAGGUCAGUCAUUCCGUGCGCGGCUUUGUGAUUUGGGACGGGGUCCCAUUGCCUUCAACGCUCAAGGGUUGCAGCAUGCAGUGAUGCCGUUCAAGGGCCGUCGCCUUGUGUUGAUUGCUUAUUGCCUCAAGAAUGUUGCAUCACUCGACAGGGCCUCUUGUCGUGCCUUGCGCACUUUGGGCUUCCGACUUCCAGCUAAGGAGCCGCCUCCACGCACACUGCCCGCAGUUGUCACUGGCUUCCCUGACCUUAGGCUUUCUGGGUGUAGUUCCCCUAGUCCCUCGGGUCACCCCGCCAGCCCUGGCCCCGCACUGCAAGAAGCCGCCGCCUCGGAGGGGCCCCCUGGGCCUUCGACUGCCAUGCGCGACUCUGCAGCCUUGCCGGCCGUCCGGCCGCAAAAACUGAUGUUCCUCGAGUUGUGCUGUGGGUCCGCUGGCCUCUCCGCGGCGUUUCGAGCCCUGGGGUUUCAGGUCUUGGCUGUCGACCAUCCUGGCAACCGCCAUGUUCCUUUGGUGCAUUGUGUGCAUCUUGACUUACGCUUGGAGUCUUCGUGGAGCUACCUUCGCCGGCUUGUGCAGGCCCGGCAGGUCUUCCUCAUUCACGUUGCGCCUCCCUGUGGCACGGCCUCGCGGGCACGCGACAUCCCGAUCAAAGGGCAGCCAUCUCCGCCCGCCCUUCGCAGCGAGGCCUUCCCUGCGGGGCUGCCCGGCCUUUCCCCCUCGUGGCAGGCCAAGGUCGACUCUGCUAACUCGAUAUACCGUCGCGCUGCGCGUUUCUGUGCUUGGCUGCUUGAGGAGGCGCCCCAUACUCACUUCUGCGUGGAGAACCCUGCUCGCUCCUACAUGUGGUUGCUGCCUGAGUUCCUUGACUUGCGUCCUCGUUGUUCUGUUGUGCCUUAUGACGCCUGCAUGCACGGGGGCGCGCGCGCUAAGCAUCAGGAGCUGUGGACCUCUCUGCCCGAGUUGUCCGCCCUUGCCCGCCAGUGCGACAACUCACACCCUCACCGCCCUUGGGGCAUCCUCCCUUCCGGGGAUUUCUCCACUGCCGAUGAAGCCGAGUAUCCCGAGGUGUUUUGCACUCGGUAUGCUUCCGCGGCCUCGCUGGCCCUGGGUUCCUCUCAUGCUAUGCCUUCUCCGUCCGGCCUCUCAAAUGAGUCGGCCCGAACGGCCACACACAAGCAACCACGCACUUCUAAGGCUGUUGUCUUGAUCGAUGAGUACCAUUACCAGGUCACUGUCCCCCUCCCGUCCGGCCAGUUGCCUGCGCUUGAUGACAAGAACUGCUUGUGCGCUGCUUUGGGCCCCGUGCCUGUCGGUUCUAAGGUUCUCCGGGUUAACUUUGAAGGGGGGGUGGUUUUCCCGAAGCGCCCUCGACCCGACAGGAAGCUGGCAGAUCAGGUCUUGAUGGCUGGUAAGAAGCUCCUCCUCCUUGAUAGGAUUGCCAAAUCCUUGGACUGGCCCGAUGAGCACUUGCACCACGACCUCACGCAUGGCUUCCGUCUUGUGGGGGAGGAAAAGCCUAGCGGUGUCUUUCCUCUGGACCCGAAACCGGCAGAACUGACUGUGGACGGCUUGAUGGAACAGGCCGAGGUCCUGAAGCCCCUCUUGUGGGAUAAGAUAGCCCAAAGCCCGGCAAAUCCUCAUGAGCAAGAGCUUUUCGACAUCACGCAUGCUGAGUUUUCGGAAAAGGGGUGGCUGGACCCAGCUCGGUCCUGGGACGAACUCGAAGACUACUUCAAGGGCUCAUGGGUCCCUGCCCGUCGAUUUGCAGUAGAGCAAAGAGGGAAACUAAGGCCCAUCGAUGACUUGGCCGAAAAUGGGGUCAACAGUGCCUUUGCCCCUUGCGACAAGCUCACGCUCCGAGCCAUCGACGAGAUUGUUUGGACUGCAGCCUUCAUCAUGCGCGCCCUGAUUUGCAAAGGCUCUGUGCAUGUCCCACUCUCCACGGGAGAGGUGAUCUCUGGUCCGCUCCACCCGUUCUGGGCUUCCAACACCUCUCGGGCACGUCCGCUUGUGAAAACGGUGGAUCUUAAAUCCGCCUACAAGCAGCUUCCCCUUCACCCGUCGGACCACCGUCUGUGUGUCGUGAGCUUGCGUAGACCGUCUGAUUCCCGUGUGGUGGGGUAUGUUUCGAAGGUGUUACCUUUCGGCGCUUCCGCCAGCGUCACGGCCUUCAACAGGGUGGCCCGUUUGCUCCAGAGAAUCCUGCAGGAAGCCUGGGUAAUGACAAGCAACUACUUCGAUGACUAUCCCUUGCUGGAGUUGUCUGCACUUGCCGGGAGUUGUGAGAAGACCGUGCACAACAUCCUGUCCCUUCUCGGCUUUACUCGGGCCGCUGACAAGGAGGAAGACUUCGCUCCUUCUGCAAACCUCUUGGGUGUCACCCUAGACCUGUCUGACCCCACCCUUAAGCAUGUCAGAGUUGCAAAUCGCGAGGACAAGUGCACCGAGAUGUCGGCCUCCAUUGACCAAGUGCUUGACAAGGGUUUUCUUAAGGCCUCCGAGGUCGCAUCUUUGUUCGGACGCAUUCAGUUCAUGGAGGGCCAGCUGUUGGGGAGGUUGGGGCGUUUGGCCCUUAUGGAGCUUAGGUCCCUGUGCUCCUCAAAUGGGGAGUUGCGUCUUGGCAAGUUCGAGUGCGAUGCUUUCCGAAAUCUUAAGCAGCGCUUGGUUUCGGGCCCUCCUCGGGCAAUCCCCACGGCGAUACCGAGAGGGUGUGCUUGCGUCUUCACCGAUGGGGCGUGCGAGUUUGAGGACGGCCAUCCUGUCUGCACCAUAGGCGGCAUCCUUUACCACCAUCAGGAGGGAAGUUGGAACACCCGCUUCUUCGCGUGCAGGAUGCCCGCCACUCUUGUUCAAAAGUGGAGCAAUGCCGGCAAGCGCCAUUUGAUUGGGCCCGUUGAGUUAUUUGCAGUUGUCGUCGCCAGGCGGCUAUGGGGGUCUUACUUAGAUUCCUCAAGGGCCUUGUUUUUCGUGGACCACUCAGGUGUUCAUGCCGCUUGUGUGAGUGGGACCUCCAGGGACACUGUGUGGCGAUCACUGCUUGUUGAGUUUGAGCGGGCCGAUGCAGUGCCCAUGAUUGGUUGGAUAGCACGUGCUGAGCAACCAUUGCUAGCCGAAGCACCUGCUCUUGCAGAGAACCUUGACACCACAUCAGAAAGCAGCCGUGAAAGUCUAGGCUUACAACAUUAUUCGCCACGAACUCGUGCAGAAAUCCUCGGUCGAUCGCCGCCUGCGACACCGAGUGACUCUGAGCACGAAUCUGAGCAGCCAGACUCAGAACCAGAGGAUGACGAUGACGACGUGUAUCCUGGAGGCCAUGGACCAGCCUACCAAAACCAGGCCGAGCUGGUUGCACUUUAUGAGAUGGUUGGUGAAGCAGCAGCCAUCGAUGUGAUGCCAGCCAUGCAGCUGAUCCCUGCAGGUCAGCCAGCAGAAGUGCAGCAGCCACUGCUACAGGAUGAUGACAUCCUUCAGGUGAGGGAGGAUGCUGAGGUAUGGAUUGCCCCAGUGAGUGGGACCCGCUUUCAUCUCAUUGGGGAAUGCGAUGGUUUGAUGAGGGCGCGAUAUGUUCGCAGGCUGCUAUAUCGCCAGUUGCAGCUUGAGUUUCCUGGUCAGUACAGCAUGUGUCAGUUAUGCCAGUUUUGGGCCAGAGAGCUCGGGCGUCGCCAGGACAUUGCCCGCUUGGCUGCCAUGUUCCACAUCCUUCAUGUGGGUGGUCAGCAGAUCCCAAAUCCAGUGCCUCAGAACCUUCCGGAGCCAGAACCGCACGAUGAUACGUGA